UUGUUGUUGUUGGUCACCCAGGUCAUGUGACUUUAUUUCCGGUCGCGUUUAAGACGUUAGAAGGGAGACUACCCAAUCGGAGAUCGAAUCUCUGCUCGGCUGACCAAUCACCAGUCGGCUCGGGUCGCCUACCGAUGACGUGGAUCAAGCGUGCAGGCGACCGAAGGAUGUUGAGGCUCCUCUCCAGGGUCUUUCCGCCUCUACAAACACAAGGAAAAGCUGUCGCUGUGUACCGGAGGCUCUGCUCUGCCGCCACACUGCCAGUCUCAGCCUGUUCUGGCUCUGCUGUGAAGUUCAUAAUGGAGCCUAAACUGUACCGACCACCUCCAGAGGUUCGGGGUAUGACCUCUCUGGACAAAGAAGCCUUCACACAGACCAUUACAGUACCAGCUCUACGGGUACCCACUGGGGUCUUGAACAAGGUGGUCAAGAGCCUGAAAAAGUCGGCCAUUCAGUGCCCAGGGAUCCCCCGGGUGGUACAAGACAAAGAGGAGAGCAGUGACUUCCGUUUGGUGCUGUUGGACCCCCACAAAGUGUCCUCAGCAGCCUCCUUCAGUGAGGCCGAAGCCGAGGCUCUGAGGUCAUUCAGUGUCCCCGAGGAGCUGCAGCACUACGAGCUGCAGCUCACCUACCACAACCUGAAGACCGAGGAGGUGCUGGAGGCUGUGCUCCCUCAGGGUCAGGACGUGACCUCGUCCUUCAGCCGAGUGGGACACAUCGCACACAUGAACCUGAGGGACCACCAGCUCCCAUACAAGAGCCUCAUAGGUCAAGUCAUCAUGGACAAAAACCCUGGUGUUACCUGUGUGGUCAACAAGACAAACAUGAUUGACUCGACUUACCGCAACUUCAAGAUGGAGGUGCUUGCUGGAGAGGAGAACAUGGUCGCGAAAGUGAAAGAAAAUGGGGUGAACUACGAGUUUGAUUUCUCUCGUGUGUACUGGAACCCUCGGCUGAGCACAGAACACCAGCGUGUGGUGCAACUCAUUAAACCUGGUGAGACUGUGUUCGAUGUGUUUGCUGGCGUCGGACCCUUCGCCAUCCCAGCCGCUCGCUCAGGCGCCAAGGUUUUGGCCAACGAUCUCAACCCUGAGUCCUACCGAUGGCUGCAGCACAAUUGCAAACUGAACAAAGUGGAGAAGAAAGUCAGGAGUUUUAACCUAGAUGGGCGAGUGUUCAUCCAGGGACCUGUGAAGCAGGAGCUGCUUGCGCUGCUGAAGGGAACCGCUGGCGUUCAUGUAGUGAUGAACCUGCCUGCUUUGGCACUGGAAUUCCUGGAUGCAUUCAGGGGCCUGCUGCACCAGGAGCCUCCCUGUGAUGAGAACCUACCCAUAGUGCACUGUUACUGCUUCUCUAAAGAUGACAACCCUGAGACCGAUGUGGUGAAGAGGGCUUCUGACAGCAUUGGAUUCCCUCUGGAGAACCAGUGUUCUGUGCAUUUUGUGCGAAAUGUAGCGCCAAACAAGGAUAUGUUUUGUGUGAGAUUCACAGUCCCUAAAGAGGUCCUCUUCAGCAAGGAUCAUGACCAGACAGAGCCAUCAGAAGAACCAGCUCCAAAGAGACCGAAGUGUGAAGAAGCUACAGAUUCGACAUAGUCAUCAUAUCGUUUCAUCACUGUAAGAAAUGCAAGGAAACAUUUGAGUUGAGAAUAUAUUUUUAGUUGAUUUUUUUUUUUUUUUAAAUAAACUGCAUUUUACUGAUGCUUUUAUCACAGAUGUUGUUGCAUCUUCAUGUAAGAAAUCCUUACCCAGCUUUACGUCAAUAAAUGACUUUCUUUUGUUCAAA